GAUGGAAAACACUGGAUUUAUGGAGAGAUAUUGACAAUAGACAGCUACAGAGAUUGGUACUACAUAUCUUGCAGAGGGUGCAGCAGAAAGGUGUGUCCUGAAGGUGACAAUUUCAGUUGUGGUGUGUGCAACACCAAAGAAGUAGUUCUAAGGUGAGAACGUUUCCUUUUUCAGUUUUUUAAACUAACAGCCACAUAGCAUUUACAAAAAACUUUUCACAUUUCAGGUACAAAAUUAAUGUUAGGGUGAUGGAUGAGACAGGUCAUGCUUCUUUUGUGUUUUGGGACAAAGAAUGCUUUACUUUGGUUGGAAAAACUGCAAGUACUCUUCAUGAGGAGAUUGAACAGAAAAAUGUUGGACCGUAUUAUUUUCCAGUCGAGAUUGAUGCUAUGGUUGAAACUAAGGGGUUGUUUCGAGUGCAAACAAAGAAGGAAAACAAAUACUACAAGGGUGUUCCUACUUUUAGUGUAAUUGGAAUGAAUUGUGAUCCAACUGUUAUCGCUUUAUACAAGUAUAAAGGAAAAGCAGUUGAGGAAGAAGAUGAUGCAGUUGAGGAAGAAGAUGAUUUCACACUACUUA